ACAGCAACGUUAUUUUAGUUCGCGCAAAUUCAAGGGUCAAAGUGCAGUCAAAAUCUAAUAUCAGAAAACAGAAGAAGGGUUUUAAAAAGAUCGUUCGUUCAUUUUUAUUAAAAAGACUAGCUGAAAUGUAUUCCAGGAUCUUAAAAUUAGAUUUUUUGUAUACAAAACUGAUUGACUGCGUUCCGAAAGAGGGUACAUGGAGGUUAUACAGCCGAAGUUAUGCAACUUGUGGACGAUGUGGUUCUGGAGUUUUGGCAAGAAAAACAAGAGUAGAUUUGCUUAAGUGCAAUUCAGCGUAUAAAAAUGGACCUGCACCCUUCCUGUAUUCUAAUUUUAGCAAUUCAAAACGGGAUUUUAGUCAGACUGUACAAAAAAGUGCUUUUGCAAAGGACCUCUUUUUGGGGAAAUUCAACAAGGAAAAAGUCAUACCAUACCCAAAAGCGCUAGACGAGGAGCAGAGCAAAUUGCUUGAGUCAUUGGUUGAGCCAGUAGAGAAGUUUUUCACUGAAAAAGUUGACUCUACAAAGAUUGAUCAAGAAAGUAAAAUUCCAGAAGAUAUAAUGCAAGGUAUGCGUGAAAUGGGACUUUUUGGACUGCAGAUCCCUGAAGAUUUUGGUGGACUUGCCCUCUCCAAUACUGCAUAUGCAAGAGUUGUAGAAGCAAUUUGUAGCGACCCUGCGAUUUCAACAACACUAAUGGCUCACCAAUCCAUUGGCUUGAAAGGAAUACUGCUUUUUGGAACGGAUACCCAAAAGCAAAAAUAUCUACCAAAGCUUGCUACUGGAGAGGAAAUGGCUGCUUUUGCUCUUACAGAGCCCUCGAGUGGGAGUGAUGCAGCUUCAAUUCAGACAAGAGCUACUUUAAGUCCUGAUGGAAAGCACUUUCUUCUAAAUGGCGCAAAGAUUUGGAUUUCAAAUGGAGGAUGGGCUGAUGUUUUCACAGUAUUUGCAAAAACAGAAGUAACUGACAAGAAAGGGGACAAAAAAGAUAAAGUAACUGCUUUUAUAGUUGAAAGAGCUUUUGGUGGGCUGGAAAGCGGAAAACCUGAAGAUAAACUAGGUAUAAGAGGAUCAAACACAUGUGAACUUUAUUUUGAUAACACCCCAGUUCCUGUUGAGAAUGUCCUUGGGGAAGUUGGAGGUGGAUUUAAGGUAGCAAUGAAUAUCCUGAACAGUGGUCGUUUUGGAAUGGCAGCAGGAGCAGCCGGUGGCCUCAGAAGGUUAAUAGCUAUGGCAUCUGAACAUGCAACAACAAGAAAACAGUUUGGAAGAACAUUAUCGGAAUUCGGCCAAAUCAAAGAAAAGUUUGCCAGAAUGUCUCUCUCUGCAUAUGCCAUCGAGUCAAUGGCUUAUAUGACGUCAUCAAUGAUAGACUUGGGUGAAAACGACUGCUCAAUAGAAGCUGCUAUGUGCAAGGUCUACGGAUCAGAAGGCGUUUGGAGUGGUGUUAAUGAGGCAUUGCAAAUUCUUGGAGGGAUGGGAUACAUGAAGACAUAUCCGUAUGAGAGAAUUUUACGUGAUACCAGAAUUCUUUUAAUUUACGAGGGAACGAAUGAAAUUCUAAGGAUGUUUAUUGCUCUGACUGGUAUGCAACACGCUGGAAAGGAGCUUAAAAAGAUGAUGAGAUCCCUUCUCAACCCACUUAAAGCUCCAGGGAUUGUCUAUAGGCUUGUUUCUAAUCGCCUCAAGAAUUCAAUCGGCGUGGCAAAAACUGAGGUACCUGGAGUCGAUGAAGCAUUAAAGGAAAGUGCAGAAAAGCUUGGCAAAAAUAUCGCAGUAUUCGGAGCAACUUCUGAAAAAUUGUUACAAAAAUAUGGAAAGGAAAUCAUUCAUGAGCAACUAUUGCUGAAAAGAAUGGCUGAUGUAGCUAUCCAUCUUUAUGCCAUGACAGCUGUGUUGUCAAGGGCAACAGACGCUAAACAGAAUGGAAAGGAAACUGCACAUGACGAGAUCUUACUUGCGAAAAGGUUUUGCAAAGAGGUGUUUGAAAAGAAUGUAAUUCUUUUGGAUCAAGUUAGAAAAGGUUCUAGCGUUAAUGGUGAUGAAGAGCUAGAGAUAAUAGCAGAUAAAAUAUUUAAAGCUGGACGUCAAAUUGUCGAUCAUCCCUUGUCUGUUUGAAUGUUAAUGGCUAACCUUAGUUUAUACACACGUAUGCAUCGAAGUUGUUAUUUUCUUGUAGUUAGUUUCCCCCUUGCAAAUACUUGAGUGUUAAUUAACGUCUUUUUAACGUCUUUAUACCAUAUUCUAACUCAAAGCCUUACGUAAUAAUAAUACCGUUUAACUCUUAGGUAUAUUGUAAAAUCUCCAGUGUAUAUAAGAAUUUUCAUUGCAGAAUUGAGAGUAACUCUGAAAUUUUGAAA